AUGAAGCGAAAAGUCUUCUAUCAACUUUUGGGUCUGAUCGCCAGUGUAAACACAGUGCCAGGUGUUGUGGAUGCAUUGAAUGAUACUCCUACACCAGUGAGACUCAAUGUCUCGAGCAAUGGAGGAAAUAAAUCCAGCCCAUUGCUUUAUGGAAUAAUGUUCGAGGAAAUGGAUCAUUCAGGCGACGGGGGUAUCCAUGGGCAGUUGCUCCAGAACAAUGGAUUUCAGGGAACAAGUCUUGGAUUAACAGCAUAUGCCCCCGUAGGCGAUGUCGAGAUUUCCCAAGAUUCGACUGAACCUGUCAGUGAUGCUAUACAGUCUUCGCUCAAAAUCAAUGUAUCAGCAAACCCGACGGGCUACGUCGGAUUUGCAAAUACUGGAUAUAACGGAGUUCCUGUCAUGAAUGUUACCUACAACACAUCCUUCUGGAUGAAAGGAAACUAUUUAGGAAUUAUCAACAUCCAGUUGGUUGGCUCACAUAGCGGUACUGUGUACAGUGAUCACAACCUGACCGUGGAAAGUACAGCAUCCAAAUUCACUCAGUUCAAAACAACAUUCAACUCCACUACAUCGCCUGAUGGGGAAAAUGAGUGGCAUCUGACUUUUGAUGGCUCUCAAGUUGCCGGGGGGUCGUUGAAUUUUGGCUACAUUGAGCUAUUCCCUCCCACUUAUCGUGGUCGAGAGAAUGGACUACGCGAGGAUGUUGCAGGCCUACUCGAGAGUGCCAACUUUUCGUUCCUUCGUUUUCCUGGUGGUAACAAUAUUGAAGGACUCGAAAUCGACAGUCGUUGGAAAUGGAAUACAACGAUUGGUUCCCUGACCAGUCGCCCUGGUAGAGAAAGUGACUGGUUUUACCCCAAUACCGAUGCCCUCGGCUUGGAUGAAUAUCUUUGGUGGUGUCAGGAUAUGAAAAUGACACCCCUUCUAGCUGUUUGGGCGGGAAAAUCAUAUGGCGGUAUUGUCUCAGGCCCUGAUUUAGUACCUUACGUGGAUGACAUCAUGGACGAGUUGGAGUAUCUUCUUGGAGAUUCGAAAACUCAUUUUGGAAAGUUGCGUGAACAAAAUGGUCGCAAGCAACCCUGGAAAAUCGACUACGUCGAGAUCGGAAACGAAGACGACCUUACUGGUGGUUGUGAAACCUACCCUGAUCGCUUCAAUCAGAUCUACAAAGCUAUUCAUGACAAAUACCCGGAUAUAACACUGGUUGCAUCGAAUGGAGACCUCAAUUGCUUACCGUCGCCCCUCCCUGAAGGUGUCAUUAUUGAUCUGCACUUGUACCGACAACCCGAUGACUUCGUUGCCUUGUUCAACCAAUUUGACAACCAACCUCGAAACCAAUCGGUCAUGAUCGGGGAAUACGGAUGUCGAAAUACAUCGGAUGCAAAAGGUACUUACUGGUCAUACAUAAAAGGCAGCUGCAGCGAAGCAGUUUACAUGAUGGGCAUGGAGCGGAAUAGCGACAUUGUUCAAAUGGCAGCAUAUGCUCCAAUGUUGGAACAUUUUGGAUUCAUUUCCUGGUCGCCAACUCUUUAUGGAUUUGACUCAAGUCCUGGUUCAAUAACGCCUUCGACAUCAUAUUUUAUACAAAAGAUGUUCGCAUCCAAUAAAGGUGAUACAGUUCUUCCUGUGAAUUCAUCGACAGACUUUGGUCCACUUUAUUGGGUGGCCUCAAAAACAGGUUCGACUUAUUAUUUGAAGCUAGCAAAUUACGGACAAGAUGAGCAGAGUGUUAUCGUCAGCGUUCCCGGCACCAAGGAGGGCAAAGUGGAGAUGCUUGCUGGUCCUCAACAUGAAGGAAACCAGCCAUUCAAUAUAACAAUCACACCCACCACAACGAAGAUGCAUAGCAGAAACGGAACAUACACGCUUAAAAUGGAACCGUGGGCUGUCGCGGUCCUUGUAGCGACAUGA